GCCUGAGCAGCCGCGGAGGCCGCGCUACGGAGCAUCCUGGAGGAGGCGCCUGGCCACCGGGAGGUUACACCUAUUCUUUGUUGCAAAUUAAAUGGCCAAAACAGACAAGUGGAAUUAGCCCUUGCUGUAGUGAAUUCGUUUUCUUCUCAGAAUUGACCCAUUUAUGAUGAAGUGGCCUAUAAGAGUGUGAUUUUUACUUAUUUGGUGGCAGUCUUAUACAGCUAAGACUACCCUCAAACUUAAGAUUGUCCUGGUGUAGUCUUCAGAGUGCUGGGAUAAUAGGAGCAGUGGAGAUCUGCCUGCCUUCGUUUUCCCUGUGCCUUGAAGUGGGAACUGAGGCUUAUUGAUUACAUGUGUGGCAAGCUAUCCCUAAGGAGACCCCUCACCAGCAACUGACUUAGACUGGACAUACUAGUUUUCUUUGCCAGGCCACAGAAAAUACAAGCAUAUAGUAACCAUUUGCUAUGGAAGCCCGGGAGCAUGGGGGACCUGCCCCUACCUACCACCUCCUCACCUCAGCUAACCAGCCCAGGAUGGAAGAGGAUGUCAGCUUGCCAUCUAGAGAGAACUCAGAAACUGUGCAGCUGAAGAAGGAAAUCUCCUUGCUGAAUGGGAUCAGCCUGGUGGUGGGCAACAUGAUUGGCUCAGGGAUCUUUGUCUCACCCAAAGGAGUAUUGGCACACACGGCCUCCUAUGGCUUGUCACUAGUUGUCUGGUCCAUUGGUGGACUCUUCUCUGUUGUGGGUGCCCUUUGCUAUGCAGAGCUGGGGACCACCAUCACCAAGUCAGGGGCUAGCUAUGCUUAUAUUCUAGAGGCCUUUGGGGGCUUCAUUGCCUUCAUCCGCCUGUGGGCCUCACUGCUAAUUGUUGAGCCCACCAGUCAGGCCAUCAUCGCCAUCACCUUUGCCAACUACAUCAUCCAGCCCUCCUUCCCCACGUGUGAUCCCCCCUAUGUGGCCUGCCGUCUUCUUGCUGCUGCCUGCAUCUGUCUGCUGACAUUUGUAAACUGUGCUUACGUCAAGUGGGGCACACGAGUGCAGGACAUGUUCACUUACGCCAAGGUCCUGGCGCUCAUUGCCAUCAUUGUCAUGGGCCUUGUUAAACUGUGCCAGGGACACUCUGGGCACUUCAUGAACUCCUUUGAGGGUUCCUCCUGGGAUAUGGGGAACCUCUCUCUUGCCCUCUACUCUGCCCUCUUCUCUUAUUCAGGUUGGGACACCCUUAAUUUUGUAACAGAAGAAAUAAAAAACCCAGAAAGAAAUUUGCCCUUGGCCAUUGGGAUUUCUAUGCCAAUUGUGAUGUUCAUCUACAUCCUGACCAACGUUGCCUAUUACACAGUGCUGAGCAUUUCAGAUGUCCGUAAUAGUGAUGCUGUGGCUGUGACAUUUGCUGACCAGACGUUUGGCAUGUUCAGUUGGACCAUCCCUAUUGCUGUUGCUCUGUCCUGCUUUGGGGGCCUUAAUGCAUCUAUCUUUGCUUCAUCAAGGUUGUUUUUUGUGGGCUCCCGUGAGGGCCACCUCCCAGACCUUCUGUCUAUGAUCCACAUUGAGCGUUUCACACCCAUUCCUGCCUUAUUGUUCAAUUGCACCAUGACACUCAUCUACCUCAUUGUGGAGGACGUUUUCCUUCUCAUCAACUACUUCAGCUUCAGCUACUGGUUCUUUGUGGGCCUUUCUGUUGUCGGACAACUCUACCUUCGUUGGAAGGAGCCCGAGCGGCCCCGGCCUCUCAAGCUGAGCCUGUUUUUUCCCAUUGUGUUCUGCCUAUGCUCCAUGUUUCUGGUGAUCGUGCCCCUCUUCAGUGACGCCAUCAAUUCUCUCAUUGGCAUUGGGAUUGCCCUGUCUGGGGUCCCUGUCUACUUCAUGGGUGUUUACCUGCCAGAGUCCCGGAGGCCAUUGUUUAUCCGGAAUGUCCUGGCUACUAUCACCAGAGUCACCCAGAAGCUUUGCUUUUGUGUCCUGACUGAGCUAGAUAUAGCUGAAGAGAAAAAGGUUGAGAGGAAAAUUGACUAGAGGCCAAAGAUGACAUCCCCUAAAGCCCAGAAGGAUGUGGCCACAACCACCAAGAUAAGACUGGGGCCAACCCUCCUGAAGUAAAAGAGACUGUAAGGGGGGCUCAGGGCUAAUGCUUUCCGGUUGGUAAGCUAUGGGAGGAUACUCAGGGUUCAGGCCAGCCUGAAGGUGGGGACCACAGGAUAGAGGGGAAGCUGAGAUGCAGGGGAAUGGUGGUUUAGUUUUGCUCCUGGUAGGUAGGUACAGCCAUGACAAACCUUGGUGAGCUGCAGCAGGGAAAGAUGAAGUGCUAGGUUGAUUUUGUGCUGGUGGCUCACCAGCACAGAAGGUUUGAACCAGGAGUCUCUACAGAGGAGCUUCUUUAUGGGAAGCCUUCCUCUAAUUAGGUGCAAUCACCUGACUUUAGAGACCUGAAAUGAUACCAUUUCUUCCUGUGAUUCAGACUUCUUUCCUCAGGAGAGAAUUGCAUUCCUGCUUGUUGGAUGGUUGGGGUGGUAUGAAUAGCAAAACUGAUUUAACUGAUAUGGGAACCAUGUGUAUCUGUGUUCCUGAAUUUCAUGAGGACCUUGUGUUGGAAUUUCACUCAAAACAAACAGGCUUGAUGGGAGGGGAUUAUUUCAGGGUCUCAGCUGUGCUCACUGAACGUUUUUGUCAAGACUGGUUUCUCAGCUGUGGGUCUGUAUGUCUGGGAAGCCACAGCUCCUAUUUUAUACAGAUUAUGCAUCUCCAUGAGGAGGUCCUGACUUUGCUUGGAUCAUGUCUACACUCUGGUUAAAAUCCUUAUGAAGAUAGGCAAAUUACCAGCUUUAUAAUGAGUUGAUCUUGGUUACCUAACUGUGCCCCUCCUAGAUGGAAACAUGACCCAUGAAGGUCCUGAAAGGCAGGGAAAAUGCUGCAGCUGGAGAGAAAGCAGCUCUGCAGCUAACUAGACAUGCUACUGCUGCCACCAAAUUCAAACUCCUGGAUUCUGUUAUUUUUUCAUUGAAAACACCAAUUCUAGCUGAACAUCAGCAUUCAUUUGUUUACAGGAUAUAAUAAGCUGAUUAUGUUUAAAAAUUCAAGAACCCCAAAUGCAGUCUCUCUUCUCCUAGGGAUGUCUCACUCAGUAUGGUGGCAGGUCAGGUUCUGGCAGCAGAUUUUAUACUAAGUUUCCCACAAUCUUCCAUUGAGUCUUACCCAGAAAGGUGAACUUUUUAAGAUCAUGUACCUGGUUACACUUUAGAUGUCAUGUUACUAGCAUCUGGCUCAGAUACAGCAAAGACAGAUGGACAAUGAUGAUGAGUCGUAAGUCUGGUAAUAAUUAUUUUGAAGGAUAACCCUAUGAGACCUUAGGUCUUUGUUCUAGUUGAUAGUUGAUCUCUGGGUUUCUAUAAUGAACUUUAACAGGGCUGGAAUGUUCUGGAAUCCAGGUGAAUCACCUGCAUUCUACCAGUUGUCAUUGACUUGGGGAACAUUUUACAGACCCAUGUCAUUAAAUAGCUUGUUCUCUGUAAGGCCUGCUAUGCAGACCCAGGCAAGCCCACCUUGGUGCUGGAAGCGAUCAUUUUCUUUUUUGGAAAACCUUACCCCAGGCUGCAUUCUCUCUUCUGUCCCCGGCACCAGGUUCUGUUUACACUCCAGACUACCUUGGUGGGUCUUGGGAUAGUGCAUUCCUCAUUUGCAUGCCCUCCCUCCCUCCUGGUGGAACUGUUGUUUCAACCUCAAUCUGACUUCCCAGCAAACUGCAAAAGUGGAAGCAACUAAUUUUGGUGCUCAAGCUGGGCUACUGGGUAAGGCUAGAACAACAGACUUGGCCUAUUUGGAUCUUCCUUCAUGGGCUGUUGCAUUGGAUUGUACAACUGUUCUGGAAUGCUCCCAUACAUGGAAUGCUCCACUGUCAUUUCCCCUGAAGAACCUAUUGGCUUGACAUACCUACCCUACAGACAAUCUCCCUCUCUAUUCAUUCAUCAAACUGGUCCCAGUUGCAGAGUAAGCUUAAAAAACAUUUAUUUGUUCAAUAAAGAUUUAGGGGAGUAUGAUCA